AUAUGUGUAUGUUAUAUAUCAAGGCUCUAUGGAUUAUAAUAGAACGUGUAGUGUAUGAAUUCUAAUCUUUCUACAAUAUACAUUUGAAACGUACAAUUAUGAGAAAGUAAUCAAAACUAUGAAUAAAAUGUUGAAAUCAAUGAAAUUUGGAAAGAAUGCUUUCCUAAUACUUCGAAAUUCAAGAAUACAGAAAAAAUUAUUUCUUACAGAAGCAUAUCAGUGUCAAGAAGCAUGGGAUCGGAGACUUGAUUCGCCUAUAUUCCAACAAAUAAAACCUGUAGAUUUGUAUCUCGAACUUGAAUCUCAGUUUAAUAGUGUUGGAAAAUUUAAUGCAAUUGACGUUGAUAUUUUUGCUAAUAUUAUCAAAGAAAAAUUGCAUAAAGACGAACUUAUUGAUUUGCUUUACAAAUUAAGAUUAUCUGGUGAAGCGUGUAAUAUUUUAGAAUCUACACAUCAUGCCGUUAUACGGUUUUUUCUUAGUCAUAAUAAUAUUGAUGACCUUUUUGAAGUAUUAAAUGACAGAUUAAAUUAUGGUAUUUUUCCUGAUUAUUUUUGUUACAAUAUACUCAUGAAUAAAUUCAUAAAAGAAAAGGAUUUUGCUUCAGCAGCCAAGGUAGCAGGAUUGUUGAUGCUUCAAGAAGAUUCAGGUCAUCCAAUAUCCAAUGCAUUGUCUGUAUAUUCUUGUCACAGAUAUUUAGAAAAUCCAAAUGAUUGGAAAAUUCCUGAAAUUAAGGAAGAUGAUUCUCAAGAAGAAAUUAAAAUACGUGUUCGAUAUAUAAGGAAUCCAUAUUUCGAUGAUCAUUUUGAUCUUGUUGAUCCUUUGAGUAUAGUUGGUAAAACGUUGGUAUUUCAAGGAAAACACAUGAAUAAUUCUUUAGGAAGAACUUGUCAAUUAAGGGGGAUGAUUCUAUAUAAAAAAUAUGAUAAAGCAAGAGAACUUGUGAACAAGUGGUUAACUGAAGUUAAUAAAGAAAUUGUUCAUGAAGAAGUUUUUGAUUUGAUUAAACAAGAUAAUGCAAAUAUUCCUGAAGAUCAAGUAACCGAAGACUUAAAGAAUUUACAAGUUCUUUUAGAUACAUUAAAAAAUAAGGAUUUACAUAAAGAAAAUUUGUUAGAAAGAAUAGAAAAUGAAGUUAAGUCUGCGGUAGAUCAAUGCACUGAAACAGAUAUAUCUCAACAAAAAGAGACCUUUCUUGAAUGGGAGAGAAUUAGAGGAGUAACAUUGAAGGAACAACAGGCAUUGCUGGAUAAACAAUUAAGAUUAGAAAAUAUAAAGAAGAUGAAGGAGGAAUUAGAAAAGAAAGAGAGAUUAUUAACCUUUUUCGAAAAUGAGGAAAAGAUAGAAUUGGAAAUAGAGAGAAAACAAGAAAUAUUGAAGCAGGAAGAUGAGAAAUUAUUGAAAAAGCCUUAUAUAGUAAAGAAAUUAAAAAAAUUAGUCGAACAAGAAGUUUAUAUACCGCCAAAUGUCUAAAAUUCACAAUAUUAUCAACUUGCAAUUGGAAUUAGAUAAAUACUAUGUAACAUAAAAAUGCAAUAGAGAUUAUUAAAAAUAUAUAUAAAACUUUAUAAAAAUGAAAUAUAGAAACAGACAAACAUAGAUUAUUUACUUUAUAAUAAUAUUUAAUCAACGAAUCAUUUUUUAACAUUUUAGUAUAAAGAAAAUGCAUAAAAAAAUUGUUAUAAUGAUCGUAAAUAACAUUUCAUUUUGUAUGUAUUAUCAUUUGUACAUGCUUAUUCAAAAACAACUUUUUUCAGCAGUUAUUACAAAGAAUUAUUAGAAUUUUUUUCAAAGCUAUAUGCUUACAAGGAAUAUGAAAGUUUAUACUAUUGAACUUUAUACUAAAAAAAGAUUAGGCUUUGUAACAACAUUUCUUGAGCACUUGUGCAUACUGUUUUCCAUUGUAUAUUUGGAGCUGGAAGCUGUAUUAUUUAAAUAUCAAGU